AUGAAUAGAUUAUUAAUUACAGAAUUGGGGGAUGCUAUGAGAUCAGAAUUAAUUCAAUAAGAAGAACUUAAAAAGAAAAAGACUAUUUUAAUAAGUAGAGAUUCACUUCCUGAAAUCAAAUAAACAGGAAUAAUAAAUUCUUUAUUACUAGACAUAGAUGAUAAUCCAUUAUAUCGUAAGAGUCUUUCAGAUGUUGCUUUAUUGAAUCUAACAAAAGCAGCAAAUAUAUCAUUAAAUGGAUCUCAAAGUAAAGAUAUCUUAGAAAAACAUAUAAGAGAGGAUUUAUAAAUUCCAAAGAGAAAUGAUUAUCUUAACCAUUAUCUUAAUAAACAAGUCGAGAAAAUAGUGGAUGAUAAAAGUAAAUGCAUUUGAAUUUAUUAAACUCUAGAUUCCAUGACUAAGAGAAGGAGAUACUUAUUAGGUGAAUUAAAAAGGAUCGAAAUAAAAGAGACCAACCUAAACAUUAAAAAUAGAAUAUCAACAGAUUAAUCUAGAUUAAGUACUAUUGUUGAAGACAUUGAUAGAGAGAAUAAAUUGAUGGCUAUAAUAAAUACAGAAGGUAAGUUACUUUAAUUGUAAAAGAGAUAUGAUAAAAAGAAAUAAGAUGAUGAAAUCUUGA